GAAAGAACCCUGGUGGAAAGCGAUUAACCACGCGAAAGCAGAAAGAUGCCUGCCUCGCCGCGGCCGUCAUACGGCGACAGUAAGGGGGGAGAGUACAAGUUUGUGGCGCAGGAGGAGCCGGACGUUGUCGAGAUGAAGAAGGCUUUAGCGACGGGGAGUGCGGGCGCCAAGGAGGCCCCGGUGUCUUCAGUUCCGCCCAUUGUAUGCUACUGCCUCGCGUCCAUCCUCAUGACCGUAGUGAACAAGUUCGUCGUAUCUGGGCGAAAUUUCUCCAUGAACUUCCUCCUGCUGUGCAUACAGUCAUCGGUGUGCGUGUCGUGUGUGAUGGUCGUGAAGAAGCUCGGGAUCAUCUCGUUCCGCGACUUCGACAUGAAGGACGCGAAGGCGUGGUUCCCCAUCAGCUUUCUGCUCGUUAGCGUCAUUUAUACGGGAUCGAAGAGUCUGCAAUUUCUUAGCAUUCCGGUGUAUACGAUAUUCAAGAACCUUACGAUUAUUCUAAUUGCAUAUGGGGAGGUUAUAUGGUUCGGCGGGAGGGUAACCGGCCUGACAUUUGUGUCAUUCAUCUUCAUGGUCCUGUCCUCCAUUAUUGCCGCUUGGUCAGACAUCACAGACACGCUCCAGGCCUCUUUAACGACAGGCGAACCUGUGCCCAGUGUGGCUGGUCUAUCCGGUGUCACGAAUAUCGUCCGUAACAUGAACGUGGGCUACUUCUGGAUGCUGAUCAACUGCGCAACGAGCGCAGCUUAUGUCCUGGCUAUGCGCAAGCGCAUAAAGGCUACUGGGUUCUCGGACUGGGAUUCGAUGUUUUACAAUAACUUAUUAUCUAUACCCGUUCUCGCUAUAUUCUCUAUAAUCGUAGAAGACUGGGGCUGGGAAAACCUGAACAGGAAUUUCCCGCCCGAGACGCGGAAUUUCCUGCUAUUCGCGAUCGCGUUUUCUGGCGCCGCUGCUGUUGGCAUCUCGUACACGACUGCGUGGUGCGUUCGCGUCACGAGCAGCACGACCUACAGCAUGGUCGGCGCGUUGAACAAGCUGCCUGUGGCAGCGUCGGGGAUGAUAUUCUUCGGCGACCCCGUGACGUUCGGUUCAGUGUCGGCGAUCGCGGUCGGGUUCUUCGCUGGGUUGAUUUACGCAGUGGCGAAGAACAACCAAAAGAAGGCGGAGGCACGGACUCAGGACCCUGUUAUACCCUUGUCGAGCCGAAAGUAGAUAUGUCGGGCGGGUACCAGUGUUUGUCUUGAUACCAUACGGCAAUAUACAUAGACGAGGAUGCAAGUGGAAUAGACACUUGUGUGGAUG